AUGCCCCCGAUGGCUCUUCAAACUGGCGUCUUUGAAAACGGCCGCUGGGUCACCCGCCGCGUGAGCAUACAGGACAUUUUGCAGCAAAACACCCAGCGCGAGUCAUCUCAGGAGCAACUCCCCGUCAAGCCCCCCAUGGAGCAGCCUGUGGUCGGCCUGCUCUCGCGCACAGUCCUCCAGAGCCCCGUCGUCAACUGGAUCAUCCCCGCUCGCGUGCGCAACCGGGAGAAGAACGACGUUGUUUUCAUCGGCGAGGACUUUAUCCACCUAAAAGAGAUUCUCCCCAACGCACAUCUCGAGCAUGUCAGCACCAAAGCUGAUUUUGGAUCCCGCAUCCGCGCCGCCAGGGUCUUUGGUGAGCCCAGGAAGUUCAUCCAUCCGCCCAUGACUGAGAAGGCACAAAUCCCCAUGGAAAUAGAUUGGAAUGAACUCGUCCCGCCACAGAUCCUCGUUCUCACCUUGGAGUCCCAAGAGCUUCUUUUCCUGUUCGCUCGCCCCAGGAGAGACGGCACAGUCGAAUGGAAGGAGAGUUGCAUACCGCUCUCUCCUGACGCCUCUCUUCUUGAACAACCGGGGAAGCAUUUGGCUGUAGAUCCCCGUUCCAGAGCUCUCGCUGUAGGCGCUGCCGAGAGCUCAAUUUUCAUAUAUGCCGCCAAGACCAUGCCUGAGCUGCGAAGCAACAUUUCUCAUGAUACCCAAAACUGGACGCCGCUCAAGUCGGAGCGGCCGGUUGCCAUUCCAGGCACCAUCCUGAAGAUGGAAUUCCUCUACCCAGAGCCAGACGAUGAACAUCACGUAAUACUUUUGGUUAUAUAUUCCAGAGACGGCAAGACCCGCAUGUCCUGUUAUGAAUGGGACAACAGACAAGGCCUGUCGCACAUCCGUCCAGUAGUCGAAGGCUUUCCGCUCUCUCACAACCAACGCAAUCCCCAACUGCUAAUUCCACUUCAACAUGGCCCCUCUUUCAUUCUUGCGGGCCAUGUCGAAAUAUACAUCCACCAGGAGAUCAUGACGGGCAACCCAAAGAGGAGUUCUGUGAGCCUCUCCAAAGAAGAGGGUCCAAGACAUCCUGGAAAUUCACGGCGUUUCCCGACGUGGACUAGUUGGGCAAGGACAGGCCGUAACUGGAUCUGGAACAAUAAGCAAGAAGAAAACUUCUACCUCGUGCGUGAAGACGGUGUUGUGCACUACAUGCAAGUCAAUUCCCGCAGUGGUGCUUUGACCAGCAAAGCCGGCCACUUCAUGUGCAACGUCGCGUCAGCAUUCGCAAGUCUGGAUGUAGGCUAUUACCUAGAUACGCCAGAUGUCCUGGUGACGGCCGGUGACAUGUCUGCGGGCGAAAUCGUCAAGAUUGGCCAGUGGCGGGACGAGAUUCAGUUCAACGACCGAAAAGGCUCUCAGAGAACACGCGCCCAAAUUAUGGAGCCUGAUUUCAUUAAUUCAAUUCAGAACUGGUCGCCAACGCUGGACUUGAUUCUGGCAGAUGAAGCUCAUUCCAGCAAUCCCAUCGGUGGUGUAAGGCGACGGGUUCUCGCAACAUCCGGCAGAAGCCCAUACGGUGCGAUCACGGAGAUCCGAGCUGGCCUCAACGCCAAAUUGGGCCUUACAUUCGAUGAAGACGAUCUCGCGGGCGUCACAGGUCUUUGGUCAUUCCCGGACUCAUCAGCAGACGGCGUAUUUUUCUUAUUGUCGUUCCCUUCCUCAAGUCUGCUUCUCCAUAUCGCCGGCGAUGCCUCGGGCGUGGAUACUGACUUCGACGAGGAAAACUCCGGGGUUGACUUCGAGAAUGAAACCCUGGUUUCAGGUAUGCUGGGCUACGGCCUUGCAGUUCAAAUCACACCCAAGGGGUUUAUAGCCUUGGACACAUUUGCUCUGGGCAAGACAUUGCCAAGGAAGGGCUCCUGGACGUUGCCCCCAGAAGAGGUGCUUCUUGCAGGUGCUGUCUGCUCUAAGCUGUCCACCGCUUAUGCCGGCAUCCGUUCGCAGAACGGGCUUUCUCUCCAGGCGAAGAAAAUAGAACCGUGGGGAGAAGAAGUAAAGUUCGAGUCUACGUCGUCAAUUUCUUUGAGCGCAGAUCCCACUUGCGUCGAGGUGCUGGGAUAUGAUCAUGAAAAUAUGCUCUUUGUGGCCACAACUGAUGGCCUGAUCCGGCUGUACAAGAUUCAAGAAGAUGGAAGCGUUGGGCGGCUGUUAGAGCAACAUCAGAUCUGGCAAGAUGCAUCCACACAAGAAACAUUGAAUGCUUGUCAGAGUGCAGUGCUUCUGCACGACAAUCCGCCGAAUGCUUCCAAAACGGACAUUGCGAUCGUGUGCGGCCUUCGAAGCGGUGAUCUAUACAUCAUUGAACUCUCCUGUCCAGCACUCACGCAUAAACUCAAUGAAAAGACAUCAGCACUGCCGACAAACCCUGCCGCCAUCUCUUCUACAAGGAGGAUAACCCUUGGCCAAACACCAGCCGCCGUCGUCAAAGAUACAGAGGGAGGCAUCAGCCUCGCAUUUGCCACUUGCGGCGCUGAGUUCUACCGUCUGGACUACAGCAUGGGGCGUCACAUCGGCCUCGAAGUCACCAACAUUUGGUUCACUGAUCGGAAUCGGCCCAGCCUGCGUCAGAGUCCCGUCUCAUCAAUUUGCAGAGUACCGCGCGAAGACUACUUGAUACGGGAUCUCGGUGGAGCCUUGGUUUGCAUCUCUGGCACGUCAUUUUAUGUUGCACAGCUGGAAGAAGAGAGACACAUUGUUCCCAGAAGCAUCCCGGUCAAAGGAACUCCGAAUAGGGUCAUAUAUUCGGAGGAGCUCAAGGCCGUUUUCGUUGCUUGUCUGGAAUCCCACGUAUUUGAUCCAGCAACGCGAGACGGCCGCCAGCGUCGGUAUGCUCAGAGCUAUAUUCGAAUGCAUGACGAUCGCCCUGGAUCUCCAAGCACGGAUGUCAUCGCAGAGUAUGCCUUGAGCCCAACAGCCAGGGUCAAUGCCCUUACAACGUGGACCCUCGAAAGCAAUGGAAGGAAAUAUGUCCAUGUUGUAGUGGGCACUGUUGAAGGCGAUGGGAGGAAGGGGACUGUUGUCUGCAUUCAAAGGGCUACGAGAGAUGGCACGACAAAAUUGGAGAAGACUAAGGAGAUGAAACUCAAGCAGCAAGUCACUGCGAUCGCAAGCUAUGGGGAAUCGAAUUUCCUUGUGGUAUGUUAUGGAAAGAGGCUGCUUGUCUACCAAUAUAAUGAGGAGACGAAGAGGAUCCAAACGGCUGGGGAACAUGAUCUGCCGUCUCCCGGCCUCUACGUUACCACAGACGCGCCGUUCAUUUACGUCUCGACCGCCUGCGAUUCUCUCAUCAUUCUAAAGGUUGAGCAUGACUUGCAAGACCGGACUCCUAAUUCCAUGAAAUUCGAGCUCCUUUUUUCAGACCGACAGGCUCGCGAUACUUCAUUCCAUCUACCGCUAGAUUUUCCCCAGAUCUCGAAGAAGAAGGUCACCAAUACGCCAUAUGGUGCCUUCGAUGGACUUGGCUCUGGUGGCUUAGGCGAUGGGCAUAGCUAUGGCUUUGCCAAACCAAGUUCACCAUCCGCCCCUUCGUCUAAUCUGGUCUUAGUGGCCGAUAAAGCUGGCUCACUAACACUUCUCCAUCUACCCCGGCGACGAACGCAGCAAACCGCUGCUCCGACCCUGCUUGAGGCUUCCCUGCCUCGCAGCGUCAUGCGUCUCCGGCGAGGCUUGGUCAGGCCAACCCUCCAGUACCACCGCAAUCAAUCACAAAGCUUCACCGCAGCGAGCGGCGUCCUCGUCAACGACAUCAUCGGAGCGGCAUCGGACGGGACACUGUUCGGCCUCUCGCUCGUCGACGAAAAGGCGUGGCGCCUGCUGCGCUUCCUCCAAAAUCUCUGCAACGUGCUAGAUCGUGAGAGGCGGGCGGAGCGGCCAGGUGGGAUGCUCGUCCCGCUCGUCAACCUGGGAGUGUCUCACCGUCUGAUCGCAGGGCCGGUGAGGCUUGUCGACGAAGCGGACGUCGUCGCCUUGGAGACGCAGACGGAUGGCAUGGACGUCGACGGAGCGACUGACUAUGGCGACUUUGAUGAUGCGGAUAUGGACCUCGACCGGUCGUCAUCAUCGCCCGCGGCCGAUUCGUCGUCCUCGUCCUCAUUCGCGUCGGUCCAUCCCGCCGUCCGUACAAACAACCAGCGUGCUUCCGGCAACGGGACCACGCUUCAUGCACACGGCCCGCGGCUGCACACGCAGAACCGCAGCGCCGAGGCGCUGCUGCGCGCCCUGGAUCCGGACAAGGAUUUGGCCGGGCUCAAGCGGCGGACUGCUUACCAUGUCGAUGGAGACGUGCUGAUGCGCUUCAUGGGUAGGGAAGGGGAGAAUUUGCUGAAGCUGAUGCUGGAGGUCGUUUGCGGAGGCGGCCCAGGAGAGGAGAUUAGGUGGAAGUUCGUCGAGUGUGCGCAAGAUGUGGUGCAGGAGGAGGGUGCGGAGAGCAUGAUGGAAGAAGGCGGGGAACUUGAGGUGAUGGUGCGUAAAGUAGUGAAAUGGUUGAGGGGCGUGUUGGCGCCAGUUCUGUGA